AUUAAUUUUGAUUCCAAAAUGUCAGAACCUAUUUUUCACAAGUAGAUCAAAAUUUAAAGAAAAACUAAAGCCUAUGCCUUCCAAAAAGCCGAAAAAUUCGCUCUAAGUUAUCAACCGUCACGUUAUCUUCCCAUUUUUUACACAAAAUUUGCCAACCCUCGUUCAGAUCAGCUUUUCACAUAGGUACCCGAUGUUUCGUACAACCUCAAAGAGAUGGUGGAAAUAUCCUCGUGUCGGAGAAUCGAGUCAAUCUCGGGUGUCAAAACGUCGAGAAAAGAACAGCGAAAUGAAUUGACGAAUUUUUUGGAUAUCGAUAAACCAAUCGACAAGGGAAAUGUCUUGGAACGUCCGUUGCGCAGACGUGAUAAUAUCUCGGAGGAACGUUUCAACGGCAUCAUUCGGAUGUGCCUGGAGCCCCGAAACUCCGGUGAUCACAUCUCUCUGUCUUCGCCUAAGAAUUUCGUCGUCCAAUAUUUUACGGUGUCUCGAAAUCACCCCGUUAAAAUUUGCGGCAGACCGCAAUGCCCCCUCGCCGCCGAAGAUGACCCGAGAACGGAGGGAAAGAAGCAGCAGCCAAGAUCCCCCGAAGUUGUCGAAAAGACCGAGAGAAGCCGAUCCCCUUCGUCCGAAGAUCCUGCUAACGAGCACCGGGAUUUCCCCGUGGAAUUAACAGUAACGCCCUGCAAUAUCGAGGGGGUUAAGGGUCGUCGAACACCUCGCGACAACUCGGAACAAAGCCCCCGUCAAUCCUGCACCCUCGGAGUCAUCUCCCGUUGCAGUUCGAGAACUUACAGUAUCGCCUCUUCGAAGUCAUCGAAGCGUCACGCUCGCGGACAAACUAAUCGGGAAGAGUGCUGGCGCAGAAGGUGUUCCAAGUUCAUAAUAAACUUACCGGUCACUUUGUCGGAUAAAAUUUUCGGUCCGCGAGCGCCCAGCGGAGCGUCCGAGGACGAAAAACAAAACAGUCGCGACGAUCGGCCGAGCCCGAAUGGAAAGCAGAAUGCGAAGCUUCCCAAAAAUUCUCACCGCAAGCACCAGGAGAACAAGAAGUCGGGUAACUCCGGCGGAGGCUCGUUCGGGGAUCGCGACUGUCAUAAGAAAACUGGUACGGAGAUAUCCCGCGUCGAGAAAGCCAACCAAGUCGACCCUUGUCAUUUACGGACAUCCAAAUCCUUCCCCGAACCCGCAACGUCCGGAAAACCCGUUUCGGAGGCCAAUAGGAACAACGUGGCCGGAAAAAAAUUUACUUCCGGGUGCUCAGAUGGGCUGGAAAGACCGGACGAUCACUCAAAUCCACGGACUGGACGCGAAUCGCCCGAGUCCUCCGAGUGUCCUCGGCGGAAAAUACAUCGGGGAAAGUGCGAUUCGCCGGGCCUUUCGAACUGGUCGGCGAUUCUCUCGGAUAAAUUGUUUGGCCCGAGAAAGAGGAGGGCCCUAAAAAAUGGCGAGAACAAACUCGCGAGGCGUAAAUUAACGACAGUUCGAAACGCGCGGGAUCGAAUUCAGUGUGAAUCCGACCCGAAAUCAAACGAGAAAAAGGGACGGUUGAUGCUGAAGAAAUACACGAUUUUAAACGGCCCGGAGACCGUUGAGGAAACCUUAUGCUUCGACGUUCUCGCCGGUCAAAGAAGCGAACAAAAAUUCGAGAAGAGAAUUUGCCAAAAGAUUCCGCGAAAGCUAGAAACGAUCGAGGAACGAAAUAUCGUCGUGGACAACUUCUCGGGUAACACGUGGCAACCUCGUAAAUCGAAGGGCUGCGGUCAACCGGAGGACAAAGUUCGCAGAUCAAGGUCGAGUUCCAAGAGAUCGACGCGUCAGAUUGAAAAAACCACCUCCACCGAGCACAUUUUCCUAACGAAUUUAAUCGCUAAACUUUUGAACAGGCACCUCGUAUUAACGGGUGGUCAAUGUAAUGGAAAAGAUAAACGAAAAAUCGACUCGAGGUAUCGUCGCGACGAAAAAUGUUCAAAUUUUAAGCGUAACGGCGACGCCGUGUCCCGAAAGUACGCGACUACCAGCGUCCAUAAACACGGGAAGAGGUCCUCGAUGAGCCAGAAAAAUUCGCAUGGAAGAAAAACAAUCGAGGAUAGUGCCGGCAUAGAUAUAUUCUAUGGUGCCGGUAACGACGAGGAUUCCCGACGUAAAAAAAUUACGCAAAUCGGUUCGAUGACUAAUACAGAAUGUGGAACAAAAGAAAAAUCGAAGGGCGUAAGAUAUGAAGGCUCUGGAUCGUCGGUCAAGGUGAAAGUCCUACGGGCGAUAGAUAAAAAUCAUGAAGGAAAAAGGUUCGGCGAAACUUGUUCUCCCUGUCCGCGCUCCGAGGAGAAAAUCGAAACCAGAGGAAAUGUAUUCCACCCGGGCAGAAAGGGAUUAGAAUCGCAGAGUGAAUUUGAAGAGUUCAACGUGGAAACAGGCGGGCAAAAGGACGUGACCUUUUCAAGAGCGAAUACCUGCGAGAGAUUAAUCGUUAAAGCAAAUGUAAUAUCGCAGCCUACGAUGGAUCCAGACCCUCGGUGCGUGGGGAGAACACUUUUAAUAGCCGGCCAAAACAUCCGCGUAAAAAUGCUCGACGAUCGGGAAACUUCGACGACCGGGUUGUCCGAAGAAUCGGUUGGGAAACACGACCGGCAAAAGCGUAAAAUUUCGUCGACGUCGGCUAAAAAAACAGAAACGAAAUGCGUGAGGGUCACGGGAAGCCCGGGACGUUGCUCGGGCGGCAAAAACCUGGUGCCAGCAAACGAUAGCAAAUCUUUGUUACGGCAGCGGAAGAACGCGACACCAAUUAGCGUCGGGUAUGGGGAAUGCGUGAGAAAGACCGGAAGCGAUGAUACGAACGUAUGCCGGUCGAAUAAUCCCGAGGGAAUCCGAAGGGUCGAAGAUCUCCCGAAGUCCAGGCUGGACAGGGGGAAAUUGUGUUCUUUAGUUAGACUGGAAGUUCCCGAAGGAUGUGAGAAAGCGGUUUUUUAUGAUGAAAAGAAAUCCAAGGAGAGGGACGAUAUUACCGGGGGAAAGAGGGAGCCCUGCGGUCGACCCGGAUGCAAGAAUGAACGCGCAUCGCGCAGCGGUGAAUUAUUAAAACUUUAUCCAAGAACUUCAAGCGCGGAGGAAUUGCACCGAGGAGUUUCCAAAGUGGAAAUUGACAGCUCAGCGAAUACGGGAAACUGGAUGAAAUCAUCCGGGGAGGAUUUGGACGUAACGAAACCAGAAUCUCGAAAUAUAAUCAACUUUUACUACCCACCGGGGAGUAACGAAGCCCCCGCUUCUAGGCGCGAAUUACAGACCGACGAAAACGGAGAAGUGAAAAAGGCCGAAGAAACGAGUAAUGCGGAACAACGAAAGCCUCUCCAACGAAUCGAAAAUCCGAGGCAAGUGUGUCGCGCAAACGCAACUUUAAACAACGACGAUAUCAGCGCAUCAGUUUGUAGAAAGUGGAACAGCGACGAGGACAAGAACGACGGUCAUUCGACGCGGGAACGAAAUGUUUCUAACGGCAGCGCUAAAAAUGAUUUACACCAAAACUUUGGCAUCGAAAAUUCGAACCUUCGGGACGUUAAUCGUGUGAGUCCAGAACCGCUAAUCCCUGCGAUUAAGAGUCCUAAAAAGUCAGAUCUGUAUCCUAAGACGAGCAAUAAACAACCCUUUCGUUUGUCGAGCUCAACCGUAGCCAAAAGGUUUGGGAAAAAUCGGGAAAAGAAUGAAAAUGGCGGUCCGAGAAACCCAGACAAAAAAGACGGUGGGAAAAAAUCGAAAAGAGAAUCAGAUCCAAAUCCUUUGACGAAAAGUAGCGAGAACAUUUCCGACGAAGGGAAUAGAAAGGCGCGAAGUUUGCUGCAUACGGAAACAUCGAAAGUCGAAGACCCGGAGACCCUCGGUAGCGGGAAAAUCGUCAAAGGCGGCAGCGAAAUAAGGAAAAGUCGCGAAAGUCGCAAGUCCAGUGAAUCGCCGAGUCUUCAAAGGAGCGCCGGACCGACGGAGAAGGACGAAACUCCGAGCGGGGGUGUUCGCGAGGAUGGGAAGGUGGGUGAAAAUAAGAGGAAAAAGAGCGCGAAAAGUGAGAAAACAACACCGGGAGAAGCUUUAAUCAGCCGCUCAGGCGGAAAUCGAGGCGUGACCAGAACCGCGGAUUUAUCCUCAGAGCGUUUAAUGAAUGGGAAAAAUCUCCGACCCUCUCUCCGCCCUGAGGAAAAUCUUAAUUCUCAUCGCACUUCCACGUCGAAGGACGAGGAACUGCCGGGCGUUGAUAAAACGGGCAUACCGAAACAGUCGAAAAGCGGCAGGACCGGCCCAAAAAGAUCAAACGCCGUAGCGGGGAGAAUAGGAAUGAAACAAAAAACGGAAAAAUUCGCAGAUUCAGGAAUUAACCAGAUGUCUGUUGGAAAAGGCGAACGAAAUAGUCCAGAUUCUGGAUCGAUGAGGUCUCGCGUGACCGGGGACUCUUCGAACAUCAAAUCUGGACGGAUUCCCGAAUUGAUAUCACGAAGGUCUAUGAAUUUCAAGAAUACCGGAGACCGCCACAGUAAUAACGCGAGGGCGGAAUCACCUCGAAAGAAUUCGCUCGUUGAUUGUAAUUUAGAAAAUGCGAACCCUGCGCCGAGCGGCGAGAAUUCCUCGGCUAUCCAUAAGUCGGACGUUAAAGAUCCAAGCCGCAGAAGAGUUCCGUGUAAUUUCCAAGCCCACACUAAUGACGGAAACAGAAAUGGAACGCUAACAUCUCAAUGUUCGCGAGUGAGUCCAGAUUCUCAUAAGAUUACAGAAAAACCGCGGAAUAAUAAAAGCGAGGAGAAUCCGAAUGCCGACUCGGGUUUACCGGGUUGUCCGAGAAGUAAGAGAGACUCGAAAAAUUUCGAAGGAUCAACCGCAAGCUCGAAUUACUCCAGCAACGAAAGAGAGCGGGAGAUCAUGCAACAUGAAUACGAGAAUGUUCCAGAUAAACUUUCGUCGUUCUCUGGACCGGAAAACCAAAAAAACGAGUCUCCGACCGGUGGCUGUUGUUUGGCCGACGGCCCCAAACAAUUUUUGGAUCAAGGGCAAACAUUUUCUACGGCCGAGUGCAAGCGACAGCCGUCAGAAAAAAAAAUAUUCUGCCCUCAAAAUGGCGGCCAAAAUGCGGAAAGCGAAUUGCCUAGAAAAAGCGAAAGAACUCGUAGAACGAGUGAAGUCUGCAAGAAAAUAGCUGUUGAUCAAAACGAGAAAAAUAUUCCGAAAAUUUACGAUGGUAACGAAAACCACGUCAAUUCAAUGUCGUCGAUAGAAAAAGCGUACAAUCAUCUGAAAACGAUAUUGAACAAAACGAAGAAUUUUCACAAGGGACUUUUGUGCGGCAAACAAACCAAAGAAACGCAAUUUUACGGUGAAAAUUCUGGGAAGAAUGUAAAAUCAAAGACUUCAAACAGUAGCGGAUCUCUCACUGUAUCGAUAUCUUUCGGGAGCUCAAUAUUCGCCAAUGUGAAUACACCUACUUAUCAUAGAAAGGAAAAGAACUGUAUGAAACAUUGA